AACUUGUUACAAGUGACUCAUUUUGCUUUAUUGCUUUGCUUCAUUAUAAUUUUUAAGCAUUUCCAUUCUCUUUGUUUGCCAAUAUUGUUUGUUGUGGUGAAUUUUCCUUUAGUUCAUCAUGCUAGAAGGCAAGGCUGUGAUUGGUGAGACUGACAUGCUUCAGACUAUGCAGCAAGAUGCCCUGAAUUUAGCAUCCAAAGCACUCGAUUUCUUCGAUGUCACUGAGGCCAUUGAGAUAGCCCGAUUUAUAAAGAAGGAAUUUGACAGGAUGCAUGGACCUGGUUGGCAGUGCAUUGUAGGCACUGAUUUUGGUUCCUUUGUGACUCACUGUUGUGGCUGUUUCAUCUAUUUUUGCAUAGGCAAUUUGGCCAUUUUGCUCUUUAGGGGCUCAGGUGCUCCAGAGGCACAUGAAAAUCAGUUCUCAGCACUAGAGGCAGCCAAGACAUAAAUUCAUUUCCUAAUUUUCCAUCAGUUUAGACUCUUCUGUAUUUUUGUUAAUUCCAUGUAAUAGAAAUCUAGAACAAAAUUCACGGUUUCAGGAAAAAACAAUUAGACAUGUCAAUUUAUUUAUUUAUAUGGGAUCAUCAAUAUCUGAAUAUCAUAUUAGGUAUUUGAUUAAUUCAGAUUGGUAAAAUUACUGUACACGUCUACAUGACAAAGAA